AUAAUAGACGUUAACACGUGUACGUGUAUGAAUCUGUGAUAAAAUGAACCCUCCGAUCGUAAGAUUUAGAGGGAUGAACAUGGUGUUUUACAGCGUGGUCGGAUUUGUAUAUAUUCUUUGUACAAUUGUUACUGGCGCAGCGGAGAAUACUGAUAUUGAGAGCAUUGAUGAACUAAAUGACGCUAUAGCGCAAGGGCCAAACCGAAAGAUUGGAUUCCUGAGUAUGGCUAACUACAACGCUGUACGCACAGUGUUACAUGCAUCAGUGGAGCCUGUUCUUUUUCAAAGUAAGGAUGCCCUCGUAAGUUCGGUAUUAUCAGGAUCGCUAGUUGCAGGCUUAAUGAGAGGUGUCGUGGCUGAUCAUCACGCCAAGGAUCUCCACACUUUCAGUAGUGGGUUGAUUUCUACUUCAGCGAUGUUUAUGACCCCUGAUGUCUCUGCGGAUAUGCCCCACGGAGCGCCACCAUACAGGUCGAGUCGAGAUCUCGCUCUCGCGAUAAAUGCAGCCAUCGUGAGAGUUCAAAAUAAGGGGUCGGAUCAAGAAGCUAGACUGAAAAAUAUGCCGUUUGAAUUCCUGAGCGUCCACACGUGCAAGUCUGACAAUUAUGCCUUAUUUCCUCCUCCGAAUAAAAACAAUGCGACUGGCUUGUUGAAAACCAUUUUAGAAACUAGGGUUUUCAAAUUAGGUGCUUUUGGACCAUUUCACUGGGGUGACAACGAUGGCAAUUAUCUGGUCAAUCCACCAACUGGAUUUUAUCCCGACCUUAUGUCAGCUAUAUUUGAAGAAUUCAAGAACUUGUCUGGACCGGAUGGUGUUAAAUAUGGCGAUGAUAUUACAUUAGAAAGAAUUUGGUCAAAAAUGUCUAAUUUUCAAAAUUUGUUCGAUGGCGUCUCAUACAUAACAGAGCCGUACUUUGUCAUAGACGCCACCUAUAGCGGAACCGAUGAACCUUGCGUUAAUUCAACUGACUGCAGGCCCGCUCUUUUACCAGAAGGAAAAGAACAGUGCAACACGUACAAAAACUCAACUGGACAUUUAGUGACUCACCCAGAUUCUGGAGAACCGAAACGUAGAUGCGAACACCCUGAGAGAUCAAGAAUCGAUUUUUUCCGCUUCAGUUGUUUCACUUUAGGAUCGGCAAGUACAUUUUUUACCAAACGAUCGUCUGCUGCAUCGACCGUUGCUCCCUCUGGUGGACUACCCGGUGGAAUAGUCGCAGCAAUAGUUAUUUGUGUUUUACUAUUGCUCAUAGCAGUAUUUGCCGUACUAUUCUUGGUUUACAGGGAACGUAGAGGAUCGCCGGUAUUUACAAAACUGUCUGAAGAAUAAAUUAUCACAAAGCUUAUUCAUUUUAUGAUUUAGUGUUUCAGUAUCUACAUGUAGUUAAUAAAAUUCAAUUGUAGGCUACAUUACAUAUUUUGAGUUUUACGUAUGAUGACGUCAUUGUAAGGGACAUUAAUUUGGUAGCAUGUGCUUGCAGUUUGAUCUGUUUUCCUAUGUAGGAAGAGGAAUUGCAUUAAUAAAAGUUCAAGCUCUGGUCCGCC